GACCACGAUUUGCCUUGCGUUUGCAGCCGCCACGUCAAGUCAAAAGCCAUCUUCCAUCCCUGUCUCGUUUAUUAAUGUGUUCCUCAUCUGCCACCCUUUUCCAUCCCACGCUCUCUUGACAAUUGUCUCCUGCAUCUAUAUCGAAAUAAUUCACCUUCAAUGGGUCACAGCAUCGCCACUGCCAUAGAUUGUCCGCGCUUCUUCUUCACCACAACUACCAGUACCAGUACCACUACUGUCAGCACCGCCACUUCCACCGUUGCCUUUGCUCUUACUGAGUCUUCCUUCGCGACUUCCUCCUACAUGCGCCCAGGUUCAACCAAGUUCAAUCUCAUUACCAGCAACGUGGUUUGGCUACCGGUAUAGGGUCCGUCCUGAGCAGGGCGGACGGUAAUAUUGGCAUCGUCUACAUUCAGGCAUUCCUUACAGCUAGUCUUUGUUAAAGAUUAGCCAUACUGGGUGACUCAACCACAUCCCAAUACACGACUUCGAGUCUCACAAUACAUACCAUGAGCAUCGGUAUCACGCAGACAGUCAUGGGCGCAGCCCCAGACACCACAGCUGCAAUGUCAAACUCCCUUCAAGACUCGUCUCCCGACCUCGAGUCAGCCAUGAGUUCGAUUGUCCUCGGUCACGACACUGCAGAGCCAGAAAUCACUCCCAUCCGGUCCAAAAGCCCUCCUGUGACUCCAGCAAAAGCCAUCUCAGCAGGUGAACGCAAGCCUGGCUCUGCCACCGAUUUAGAUCAGGAACGUGGCCGAGAAGAAAGCAAAGGCAGUGUCAUCCUCUCCACCGCUGCUGCCAAACGCAAGAAGAAGAAAAACCACAAAGCAAAGGCCGAACGUGCCUUGAACACGGUCAGAGGCUUCACCCCGAUCGACUCGGGUGCUGAGGAUUCUGAUGCGUCGCACUCUGGAAGUCCUCGCGUUCUCUCACCCAUUCCUCGUUUGCCAGCCUUGGCUGGUGCGAGUCCGGGUCUUCGCCCUCAGUCACCUGGCAUCAGCAGUCUCAAGGCACAGCUUGAUGCUCUCAACUCUCGCUCCCAGAGUCGUGAGACUUCUCGCUGCCGAGGAAAUUUGGAAUCCGAGGCUACAAGCAGUGCCGCCAGUGCGGCCUCUGAUACUCCUGCCGAAGAAGUUACGGAAGACAUGGUCAGCUACGACAUUCCCAUUGAUCAGGACUUUGUCAGCCAAUCCAUGGCCGACACGGAUCCAAGCCUAGCAUCUGUGUCCACUCUUAACGCCGACCAGCGAGCCACCUCGAUGCUCACGAGGAAGAUGACUGCAGCAGACUUCACCCCGAUUCGAUGUUUGGGCGACGGUGCAUUUGGCACUGUGCUGCUGGUGCGACAGAAUGCCACCGGUCGUCUCUUCGCCCAAAAGCAAUUGACCAAGGCAUUUUUGAAAGUCCACAAGAAAAGGAUUGAAUCCACCAUGUCGGAAAGGUCAAUCCUCGAACUGGUCACCCGCCAUCCCUUUGUGGUCAAUCUGUACUACGCCUUCCAAGAUCACGAAAAACUGUACCUCAUUCUUGAGUAUGCCUCUGGUGGCGAGCUCUUCCGUCAUUUGGAAAUGGAAAAGUUUUUCAGCGAAGAGGUGGCAGCAUUUUACAUUGCAGAGAUCGUUCUAGCCUUGGAUUACCUUCACAACACCGUCGGAGUCAUCUACCGCGACCUGAAGCCCGAAAAUUGUCUGCUCGACGCUGAGGGUCAUCUUCUGCUUACAGACUUUGGGCUCAGCAAGGUUGCCGUCCAAGAUCCAAGCACGCCCGGUGGCAGUCGAUGCAACAGCCUCGGCGUGGGAACCAUUGAAUACAUGGCCCCGGAGAUCAUCAGAGGCUCAGACAUAUCUGACUGGGGCCCAGGGUAUGGCAAAGCCUGCGACUGGUGGUCGCUUGGAGCGAUGGCUUGCGAUCUCAUGACCGGAAAACCGCCCUUUGGCGGUGGCAACUGGACCAAGAUCCAACAGAACAUCAUGCAUCAGAAGCUUAACCUGCCGUACUUCCUCUCUCCCGACGCCAAGGACCUGCUCUCUCGGCUGCUGCGCAAAGAGCCUCGCAAACGACUGGGCGUAGGACCCCACGAUAUCAACGUCAUCAAGAAACAUCGAUUUUUCCGCAAGAUAGACUGGAAGAAACUAGAAGCUCGACAAUUGGAACCUCCGAUCCAGCCUCUGGUGACCAAUCCGGAACUGGCGGAGAAUUUCUCCAAGGAGUUCACCGAGCGAGCCCUCGAUGCAGCAACAAUCCGAAGACACAGCCGUACUUUGAGCAAGUCGGAUCCAUUUGGAGGAUUUAGCUAUGUCGCCAGCCACAGCUUCCUAGAGGAAAGCAUGUUGUUGGAAGCGGACGAGACUGCGAUUGAAGACUGAUGGACUAGACGUUAGAAGUUUAGAGAGUGAUGGAAGAAUAGACGCAGAGAGCAUAGAUGAUGGACAGAUGGGAGUGGACCGAAUCACCACUUGGAUAUUGUCAGACAUUGGACUUUGAUCAUCUUUGGAAUGAGCAUUGGAUUGGAAUUGAGCGCGGGCAGUUGAGUGCCCAACCAAGUCAAGGAUACAAGGAUAUGGAAAAGGCGUUAUGGAUAUGGAAAUGGACAAGGAAUAUAAAAUGCAUCCCAUGUAUUAGGGCGUAUUUGAUCAUGACCAAUCAACAUUUACAAGACUGGCUAUGGACGUUCAUGUCCACAACUAGGUACUUGAAGUGAAUGUAUCUUAAGGUCUACUCUGUACAAGGUCAAUGUCGAGAUAGAUCAAUGUUG